AUGGCAACCUCCGCGGUGGAGAAAAGCUGCAAGAAGAAGACUGAGAAGAAGCUUGCUGCUCGAGAAGAAGCCAAAUUGCUGGCGGGCUUCAUGGGCGUCAUGAAUAACAUGCGGAAACAGAAAACAUUGUGUGAUGUGAUCCUUAUGGUCCAGGAAAGAAAAAUACCUGCUCAUCGUGUUGUCCUUGCAGCAGCCAGUCAUUUUUUUAACUUAAUGUUCACAACUAACAUGCUUGAAUCAAAGUCCUUUGAAGUAGAACUUAAAGAUGCUGAACCUGACAUUAUUGAACAGCUUGUGGAAUUUGCUUAUACUGCUAGAAUUUCUGUGAACAGCAACAACGUUCAGUCUUUAUUAGAUGCAGCAAACCAGUACCAGAUUGAACCUGUAAAGAAAAUGUGUGUUGAUUUUUUGAAAGAACAAGUUGAUGCUUCAAAUUGUCUUGGUAUAAGUGUGCUAGCAGAGUGUCUAGACUGUCCGGAAUUGAAAGCAACGGCAGAUGACUUUAUUCAUCAGCAUUUUACUGAAGUUUACAAAACUGAUGAAUUUCUACAACUUGAUGUCAAGCGAGUUACACAUCUCCUCAACCAGGACACUCUCACUGUGAGAGCAGAGGAUCAGGUUUAUGAUGCUGCGGUCAGGUGGUUGAAAUACGAUGAACCUAAUCGCCAGCCAUUUAUGGUUGAUAUCCUUGCUAAAGUCAGGUUUCCUCUCAUAUCAAAGAAUUUCUUAAGUAAAACAGUACAAGCCGAACCACUUAUUCAAGACAAUCCUGAAUGCCUCAAGAUGGUGAUAAGUGGAAUGAGGUAUCAUCUCCUGUCUCCAGAGGAUCGAGAAGAACUGGUAGAUGGCACAAGGCCCAGAAGAAAGAAACAUGACUACCGCAUAGCGCUGUUUGGAGGCUCUCAACCACAGUCUUGUAGAUACUUCAACCCAAAGGAUUAUAGCUGGACGGACAUCCGCUGCCCCUUUGAAAAACGAAGAGACGCAGCAUGCGUGUUUUGGGACAAUGUUGUGUACAUUUUGGGUGGCUCUCAGCUUUUCCCCAUAAAGCGAAUGGACUGCUAUAAUGUGGUGAAGGAUAGCUGGUAUUCCAAACUGGGCCCCCCAACACCUAGAGACAGCCUCGCUGCCUGUGCCGCAGAGGGCAAAAUUUAUACAUCUGGAGGUUCUGAAGUCGGAAACUCAGCUCUGUAUUUAUUUGAGUGUUAUGACACGAGAACUGAGAGCUGGCACACAAAGCCCAGCAUGCUGACCCAGCGCUGCAGCCACGGGAUGGUGGAAGCCAAUGGCCUAAUCUAUGUUUGCGGUGGAAGCUUAGGGAACAAUGUUUCUGGCCGCGUGUUGAAUUCCUGCGAAGUUUAUGAUCCUGCCACAGAAACAUGGACUGAGCUGUGUCCAAUGAUUGAGGCAAGGAAGAAUCAUGGACUGGUGUUUGUAAAAGAUAAGAUAUUUGCUGUGGGUGGUCAGAAUGGCUUAGGUGGUCUGGACAAUGUGGAAUAUUACGAUAUUAAAUUAAAUGAGUGGAAGAUGGUCUCACCGAUGCCAUGGAAAGGUGUAACAGUGAAGUGUGCAGCAGUUGGCUCUAUAGUUUAUGUCUUGGCUGGUUUUCAAGGUGUGGGUCGAUUAGGACACAUCCUUGAAUAUAAUACUGAAACAGAUAAAUGGUUUGCCAACUCCAAAGUUCGAGCUUUUCCAGUAACAAGUUGUUUGAUUUGUGUUGUUGAUACUUGUGGAGCAAAUGAAGAAACCCUUGAAACAUGA